CAUCCGCUCAACAAUGCAGAAUGGCACCAAAGAUCGACCACAUCAUCAUCAAAGUACCAUACUCCGAACUCACCCACCCAUCAGAAUGGCUGACUCGCAACUUCACAAUCUCGCCCGGCGGCCGCCACGCCGACAACAAGACGGAGAACCGACUGAUCGUGUUCCGAGACGGCAGCUACAUUGAGCUUAUCGCCUUCAUCAACGACGACCAGACGCUCAUGCACGGCCACUGGUGGGGCACGCAGCCGUUCGGGAUCGUGGACUGGGCGUUGACCUCGUCUGCACCCGAAGACGUGCAUGCGGUAGCCCAGCAUAUCGAAGCUGCAAACCCCGGCGGCCUGGGCGCAGGCUACGACGAUGCGGUUGCAGGAGGCAGACGGCGGCCUGAUGGCGCAGAGCUGCAAUGGGACGUGACGUUCCCACAUGGUGUCAAGCGUGGCGAGGUGCCGUUCUGGUGCCACGACCGCACACCCAGAGCGCUGCGUGUGCCGGUCGACGACGUACCGAAGACGACGCAUCCGUGUGGCGCUCUGGGCGUGGGCGAGCUGACGGUUGCGGUGUCCAGGAACAGAUACGACGCAUUCACCAAGCUCUACUCGGCAAUAUUGGGGUUCGCGCCGCUUCCAUCGUCGGUCGCUUUUGGGGCCUCAUGGGAGGUGGAUUCUGUGUAUCGUCAGGAUGGCAAUCUGCCGAAGCCCCUCGUGACGAUGGAGUCUAGCGAUACGGCUGAGCACGCAUGUGUGUCUGAGAUUACGCUUCUUACAGACUCGAUUGGUCUGGGACAGUCGCGGACGACGCUGUUAGAGAAGCUGGGUGGGAGUGAUAUUGUCGUGCACUUCAUACAUGGUAGACGGGCGGUAGAAGCAGAUUCCUGAUUUUGAAGACGAGCCACGAAAGUAGACUACGGUAAAAAGGGCAAAUGAGUAUUAGUUUUGGUGUUUCUGCCUCUUGGGUACGGGACAUGAUAAUUGUGGUCAUGAGUAUCAAGAGGCAUCUGGGACGUGAGUAGUGUUGACGUGAUGUUGUUGUCUCCUCAAUCACACUGCAGGC